AUGCCGCCGUUCAGCUCCACCUGCGCCCCGCCCCCGCCCCGUUCUGUCCCGUCACCGCUCAUCCCCGCCGCCUUCCGCUCCACUUCGCCUCCACCCCCCGGCACCCGGCCCGCCCCGAGCCUCCCGGCGCACGCCCCACCCCGCCCGCGCUCCGCUCCGCCACGCGCCGGUCGCCUCCACCUUGCGCUUUAUCAAACGGAGGAAGCCGGCACGUGCCCGGCGCCGGUGCGGCGCGCCGUGGACUAUCGCGCCAUUCUUGCGGGCCUCACUGCGGUCUCGCCGCCGCCACUGGCGCCGCCACCGUCGCCCCACCUCUCAGAUUUAAUAACGCGCGAUAUUUUACUGCCCAGCACGCAUCUCGAAGGCGGGGCAGUUUCGCGCCACGGACACCACCCCCACCCCAUCACUACCUCCGCCACUGCCACCGCCACUGCCACCGCCACCGCCGCCCUCCGCCUCUGCCGCUGUCACGAUCAUGACCGGCGCCGCCGCCACGGCCCCACUGCACGCCACCACCCGCGCUCCAUCACUACCACCGCAACCGCCGCCGCCGGCCGCCUCCGCCUCCGCCUCCGCCACCGCAAACGCCACCACCAAAGCCAGCGCCAACCCGCCACUCCCGCCGCCACACCCCCACCCUACACUACCACCGCCGCCACCCACCACUGCCGCCACCGCUACCGCCCGCGCCUCCACCACAACACCACUGACGCCCACCCCCACCCCCAACCCAUCAUUACCACCGCCGGCAGCCCCCCGCCACCACCACCACCACCGGCACCACCAACACCACUGACGCCACCCCCCACCCCCACCCCAUCAUCACCACCGCCGCAGCCCCCGCCACCACCACCUACCACCGGCACCACCAACACCACUGACGCCGCCAACCGCUCAGGCCACCCCACCGCCGUCGGCGGCGGUGGUGGCGGCGGCGGUGACGCCGGAGCUCUGAGCGUGGGGCGCCGUCUUCGCGCCCCCUCCGUGAGCGGGGGCCGGGGCGGGCGAGGCGGAAGUUCGCAGCAGCAGCUUAGAAUCAUGCUGUGAAAAUGUGCUAAGGAAAUAAAUAUAUUAAAUAUAUU